AUGUCUCGGUACAUCAUCGCGCUCGAGUGUCGAAACCGCGAAGCGACGACCAAGCCUUUCCAUGGACGACUUCACCACCGACGGGCAGUGAACGAGACGAGCUACGAGUAUGUGGUUGUCGGAUCCGGACCUGGAGGAUCACCACUGGCAGCUCGACUCGCCUUGGCUGGCUAUAAAGUCCUCCUCAUCGAAGCCGGUGGUGAUCAUGGAGAUGCUCUGAAUCAGACCGUGCCUGCAUACAACCUCAAGUCGGCGGAAGACGACAUUAUCAAAUGGGACUACUUCGUCACCCACUACGAAGACCAGGAGCGUCAGGAGCGAGACUCGCAUAUGACCUACCGAAAACCUGACGGUGGCUACUACGCUGGACUCUACCCUCCCGAAGGCUCCGAGCCCCUUGGCAUCCUCUACCCACGCACAGGAGCUCUUGGUGGAUGUGCGGAGCACAACGCCCUCAUCACGACGUAUCCCCACGAGAGCGACUGGACGUACAUCCAGAGUUUGACGGGCGAUGAUUCGUGGGCUCCCGAGAAGAUGAGGACGUAUUUCGAGAAACUUGAAAGGGCGCAAUAUGUUGUGGGCAGUGGGCAUGGUUCUGAUGGGUGGUUGAGGACGAGUUUGACGAGUUUGACGUUGGUGCUGGAGGAUUUGAAGUUGUUGUCGAUUGUUCUUUCGGCGGCUUCGGCUAUGGGGAAGGGGCUACUCACUACUGUCCUGAGCUCCGUUACCAGCCUCGCCCACAUUCUCCUCGACGACGUGAACAACGACAACCCCUGGCGAGAUCAAACCACAGAUCUCUUCCAGGUACCGCUCGCCAUCGACGACGAGACCUCCACCCGCAGCAGCCCGCGUAACUUCGUCCUCGAAGUCGCCAACGCCGUCAACGAAGAUGGCAGCCGCAAGUACCACCUCGACAUCCUCCUCCACACCCUGGCCACCAAAGUUCGCUUUGACCAAAACGGCACCACUCCCAAAGCCAUUGGAGUCGAAUAUCUCUCAGGCGAGCAUCUUUACUCCGCCGACCCAGCAUACGCAAGCACGUCUACCGGCGUCCCGGGUUACAUCGCCGCGAGCAAAGAAAUCAUCAUCUCGGCUGGCACCUUCAACACGCCCCAAUUGCUCAAACUCAGCGGGAUAGGUCCCCGUGCCGAGCUCGAGAGUUUCGGCAUCCCUGUUAUCAAGGACGCACCAGGUGUAGGCGCCAACAUGCAAGACCGCUACGAAGUCAGCAUCGUCGCCGAAGCCGAGACCAAAUUCGCCGUCUCAAAAGACUGCACCUUCCAAUACGACGGCAAACCCGACCCCUGUCUCGAACAAUGGCAAACGGGCGAGGGCGUCCUCGGAAAAGGCCCCUACACCACCAGCGGCGCCGCCGUAGGCGUAACGCUCAAAUCCUCCAUCGCCGGGGAUGACGACCCCGCCGACCUCUUCAUCAUCGGCACGCCCGGCGUGUUCGCAGGUUUCUAUCCGGGCUUCGCGUAUGACAGUGUGAUUCACGGCAACCGAUGGUCCUGGCUGGCUCUGAAAGCGCACUCGCAUAAUAAUGCCGGUACGGUGACGCUCCGCUCGACAGAUCCCCGCGAACGCCCCGCGAUCGACUUCAGGAGUUUCGACACGGGCAACACGACAGACGGGGGCGACGAGAAGGACGUCCAGGCGCUCUACGAGGGACUCCUCUGGGGACGGGAGGCGUUCGACAAACUCAUCCCGCUCGACGGGACGUUCACGGAGAUCACACCUGGCAGGAAUGUUUCGAGCGAGGAGCAGGUGAAGCAGUUUAUUAGGGAUGAGGCUUGGGGGCAUCAUGCGUGUUGCACGGCGGCGAUUGGGGAGGUGUUGGAUGGGGAGUUUAGGGUGCUGGGUGUGGAGGGGUUGAGGGUGGUGGAUGCGAGUGUUUUUCCGAGGAUUCCGGGGACGUUUAUUAGUUUGCCGAUUUAUAUGCUGAGUGAGAAGGCGGCGGAUUUGAUUGUUGGGGGGAGGUGA